GCUACGGGACGCCUCGGGCGGCGGCGCGGGAAGGCGGGCUACGGAAGCUCGGUUGCCAGAUUGCGGGCAAACUCCAUACGAAGCUCGUGGAGUACGAUGAGUCAGAGUAAUAAAGAAUCUGCAGGGACUCUCUCAAGAUAAUUGAAAAAGAUUUUCUGGAUUCUUCACCAAGAUUGUCCUUACCAGCUGUUACAUCCAAGGCUGCUGUGGUGCAAAGCAUGGAUAAAAAUACAUCUGCUGUGACAGCAUCCAGGCUCCUGGAAAAGGAUCAGGCCUUUCAGCUGAUUACAAUUGUGAAGGAAACAGGCCUUGGUCUGAAGAUCGUAGGAGGAAUUAACCGGAAUGAAGGUCCCCUGGUCUAUGUUCAAGAAAUCGUUCCCGGAGGAGACUGCUGCAAGGAUGGACGUUUGAAACCAGGCGAUCAGCUUAUCUCCAUAAACCAGGAGUCCCUGAUUGGUGUGUCAUUUGAAGAAGCAAAAAGCAUACUGACCAGAGCCGAGUUGAGAUCGGAAUCUGCUUGGGAGAUAGCAUUCAUAAGACAGAAAUCUGAUGGUGGCUAUCCAGAAAGUCCAUCACGUGUACCCACUUUACAAUCUUCAGGAGAAGGGGAGGCUCAGACCUCCACUUUUAGUCUUCUUUCUUCUCCCUCCGAAGUACUGACUCCCAAGGCUUCAUCGAUUCCCAAAACUAAAGAGGCCAUUUUACCUUUGAAGACAAGUCAGAUAAAAACCGGUUACAAGAAAACAGAACAGAUUCCAAUUACUUCAUCAGACAACAGCUCGACAAAGAUGUCUAAUACAGAUAUAGCCCCUGCCUGGGAAGAUAAUUAUGGACCACAAGAAAAGAAGAUUUACCUAAAUCCCUCUGUUCGCCUUAAGGCAGAAAAACUGGAAAUGGCCCUGCAUUAUCUUGGCAUUGAGCCCACAGAGCAGCAGCAGCAAGCCCUGAGACAACAGGUGCAAGCAGACUCAAGGGGAACAGUGUCGUUUGGAGAUUUUGUCCAGGUGGCCAGGAAUGUGUUUCGCUUGCAGUUGGAGGAUGUCAAUAUUGAUGCACAUGAAAUUUCCAACGUACUAGGUUCACAGCUUCUCCCCUGUGAUUCCUUAGAAGCAGAUGACAUGGGAAGACUUCAGCGUGAAAGAAAUACUGCUGUGGAAGAAGUGGGUAUACUUAAGGAAAAACUGUUCAAAUCAGAAAGGCAAAGGAAACAAUUGGCAGAAGAACUUCAGAGUGUGAAACAAGAAGCCAAAGCUGUGGUUGAAGAGACAAGAGCCCUACGCAGUCGGAUCCACCUCGCUGAAGCUGCCCAGAGGCAGGCGCGCGGCAUGGAAAUGGACUACGAAGAAGUAAUCCGUCUGUUAGAGGCGGAGAUUGCCGAGCUGAAGGCCCGGCUUGCUGAUUAUUCUGACCAGAAUAAAGAAACCGUUCAAGAUUUGAGAAAAAGAAUCACGGUGCUUGACUGCCAGUUGCGGAAAUCAGAAAUGGCUUGUAAAACUUUUGAGGCAUCCACUGAAAAACUUCUUCAUUUUGUAGAGGUAAAAAUUUCUGUUCCCAUUAUGCUCGAAAGAAGAGCGAUGUUAGCAUCUCAGACUUCCCUAACACAUCUGGGAAGGAGUGGACGUAAUAUCCCUGCGGCCCUGGUGCUUGAAUCUAAGGAACUUGUUAGAUCUGUUCGUGCCAUACUUGAUAUGGAUUGUCUACCUUACGGGUGGGAGGAAGCUUACACAGCAGAUGGAAUCAAGUACUUCAUCAAUCAUGUAACCCAGACCACAUCCUGGAUCCAUCCUGUGACAAGUGCCCUGAAUCUGUCAUGCUCAGAGGAGAAUGAAGAAGAUUGUUCCAGAGAACUUCCCAGCCAGAAGAGCUGAUGGAUUCCUCUAGGAAACUCGGUCUUCUGGAAUCUCCAACUCCAUGGAUGACACAUAGAACUCCACUCUGAGAUACUACCAGCCUAAAAUAGGAAUAAAGCAAAUGCCACUUAUAGACGUCAUGAAUAGGGACUCUGGAUUUAGGCUAUUUAAAAAAAAUUAUUUGAUACAACUAUAUGCAUUUAUAAGACCAAUUACUACUAGAGUAGUUCUCUUAAGAAUAAUAUAGUCAUCCUUUUUUUUGGGAAACCAUAUAAAAUUAGAUUUUAUAAUAUGUGAGAUUUCAUCAUGUGUAACUUGAUCUUUGUAAUUUUAUAUGUAGUUUCUUUAUAUGGCUAUCAGAUAUGAUGGUUUUUAUAAUUAAGAGAUUGAAAAAUUAUGUGAAGUAUACUUCAUUUUACUUGAUACAUCACUAGCCUUUUAUAUUUCUAUCUUAGGGAGGUGAUCUUAGCAAGCCUAGGGAAUUUUUUUUAAAGGAUCAUAUCUAGACAACUAUCUCACGAACUAUUAAACACUAUAUGCAUCAUUAUGGGGUUUUCUGAUUUACCAAAUGCUUUUUGAAUCCCAUUUUAUUUAAACUAUACAACAUUCCUGUGAGAGAAGUCCAGUGGGCAUUGUUUUUCUUAUUUUUCAAUUAGGGAAAUAGAAAUUCAGAGAGAUGGAGCAUCCUGGCUGGCCUGGGACUCACACCUAAGUCUUCUGAUUCCAAGUCCAGUCCUCUUUCCACUGCACCCUGCUGUCUCUGCAGAGGGAGCUCCACCCUGACGUGCAGGGCACUGUGGUUCUGUUGAUGCAGCUGGCUCCACAGCUGUGCGCCCAGUGACCACAGAGAUCCAAAGGCACCUCUUCUAUCAAACACGUCCCCCUCAUGACCCUACUAGUCCUCUCCUAUAAAUCCUCCCCCCUUAUUUGUUCUUCCUCUCCACCCCCACCCACACAGUCGCCAGGUAGGGAUAAGCUUUGAGGUGUGAUUCCAUCAGGCUUCUUUCAGGAACUUGCCUUUUUUCUGAAGUAAAGGCACUGCUCCCCUCUGGGACUUGCCCUGCUUAGGUUGCUGCUGCCAGUGCGAGUCUUUGAGGAGAGCUGCCGAGAAGAGGGGCAUUGGAUACUGUUCCACUAGCAAUAGGACUAUACCUGGACUCCCAAGCUGUGUUCAAGAAUGCCUUUGUUCAUCUGCUUUUCAUGUUUUAGACUGCUUCUGGAAGAGGCGAUCCAUUGACUUGGAACUCUAUCGAUGUUCUCUUAAAGACCUAAGCAUGAGGAUGGGAAACAAGGUAUGGGGUGGGGAGGAGGUAAUUUUAAAUGUCCUGAGCAUUGA